AUGACGGUCGUUGACAACAUCGGAGCUGGUAUGGAGGCUGGCGCGAUCUCACCGCCGUCUUCAGUCACCAGCCAAGGAUCAGGAGACUCUACCAACGACAAUCAGGGUGGUGAGAUCGGAUCCCACGUGGAGAGAUCUGCCGGUGGAGAGAGCUUCAAACGGUCAGAACUUGUUACGCGUAUUGAAACAACUAGCCACAACUUGGACAUGUUUAUGCAUCUAGAUGUUAACCCAGAGGUUUAUCUGAUGGUUGUUGGUGAUAAGUUCACACUUGCUAUGUUGCUGUUUAUCUCCAGACUAAGAAAGGAUCUUUUGGAAGGAGUUUUACGUGCAAUUGCUGGUGAAACCGCAUGGCUUUUAUUUUGCUCCUCCUCUGUUGGCAAUGGAUUUGGUGAUGAAGUGAUUCCUGGUGAAACCUCCUGA